GUCACUCCCGCCCCUACUGAACGCUCUAGAGGAAUCCAGUGCUUUAAAUGUCAAGGGAGAGGAUACAAAGCCAAUCAGUGUCUUAAUUUGAAGACUCUGGUCAUUAGAGAUUGAGAAUAUGUCACCGAUGACGAGAAGGAUUCCAGUGACAGCGAAGUCGAUGAGACUUUUGUUGUGGAAGCAAGUACUAUGACUGGAAAUAUUUUCAGAAUCAGUCGGCGGGCCCUAACCAUAGACACUGUGUCGGUUUCCAAUCAAAGGGAGAAUCUGUUUCAUUCUCGGUGCUUGAUUGCCGGGAAUUUGUUGUCGUUGAUUGUUGAUAGAGGCAGUUGUGCCAAUGCUGUGAGCCAGGACAUGGUAGAGAAGCUUGGAUUGACUACGAAUCGGCACCCUAAACCCUAUAAAUUACACUGGCUCGACGAUUAUGGCGCAGUCCAAGUGACGAGACAAGCCAAGGUUAGUUUUGAGAAACGGGUUCACAAAGAGGAGCUCGAAUUUGGCGUCGCUCUAAUGCAAGUUGCUCAUUUGCUUCUUGGGAGGCCGUGGCAAUUCGACCGUGGCAUUUUUCAAUAUGGUGGAAUGAAUUGCUACAAAAUUCGUCAUGGCGACAAGAAGAUUUUGUUGAAGCCUCUGUCACCGAAGGAAGUUCGAGAAGAUCAACGUCAAAUGGCGGCUAAUCGUCGGCGAUCCAAAGCAGUAUCAAGUGGAAACCAGGCCUAGGAUUCUAAGAAUACCUAUAUUCUCACUCGGUGUUACAUUUUUACUGGGAACAAGAAGGAAAGAAAGACUCAUCGACGGCGGUCCUGCAAAUCGUCGCCGGGAUAGGGGAGGAGAGAGGAUGAUCUUGUAGGAGAGUUCGGGAAAGAUUCGAACCCAACCAAAAGUACACGCACAUUCCAAGAGUCGUCAGGAAGUUAUUCCCUGGACCAGAAUGGGUCAAUUGUACCUAUAUUGUAGGAUCCGAUUCGUGCAGAAUUUGCUCUGGAAACAGGUAAACUCGAUGCAAAAUCGAGUCUACUAAUUAGAGCGCUUGAGAAAGAUUCGACGCAGGCUGCUAGUGCGAAAUCGACAGGGGAGGAUGCCCGAAGCUGUAGAAAGUUUCAAUUACACUCGUAGAUAUUUGAAAUAGAAACGUCCAAUUCCG